AAAAUAUACGCGUCCAACGGAGCUCACUAAUCUUAUGUAAGUCAAACAGUGUGCACCAAUAUUGUUCUAGAUAGACUGCUGCUGCGCCGGGAACGAAAACGCUACAUCAAAAAUAUUAUGACAAAAGUUAUCGUGCUGCUGUCCGCAGCGUUGCUGACGGUGGCGCUGAUCGGUGUCGUCUCAGCGGACGACGACAAAUGGGUAUGGGGCAGGUCCAACGAACAAAUGCGAGCCGACUCGAGGGUCGACGCUGCGUCCGAAGAGGUAACGCGAGUAGCAAAGCCAUUGUUGCGCGACCAGAACAAUCAAAAGCCCAACCUGCUUUUCCAGCCGGCGAGUAACCCACGAUUGGACACCAAACGUUACAGGGACGAGUCCAUACGGGACGGACGGUACGAAGUCAACGAGGAUUACGUACCAGACAGGGAGCCCAUGAUUCAGCAGCCGAAUCGUGCGCCCGAGACCUACGUGAACCGGCCAUACGACAGGCCACCGCCCACCACGCAGUUGCUGUUACAGCAAAGGCCCGUGCCCAACUUCGCGAGUCCGUCGCGGCCGCAGCGGCCGCCGUCUGGUCUGGUCGAUUCUGUGCACGCGCCGUCCAGGAAACCCGUGCCCGUGGCCACCGAACCGGCGGGCUCAGCCGUCGGCAUACUCACCGGUCCGGUGCCGUCGUGGCAAAGGCCGGCGGUGCACAAGAACGGCGAUCCGACGAAUUUCGAAAAAUGCAAAUGCUCGUUCUCGUUCAACUGCAAGUCUCCCGGCAUCAAAUUUGGAAGCUGUGAUGAAGGAAAACAAUAUUGUUGUUACAACGACUUCGAUGGUGCAAAUUCAGGAAGCCAAGAGAUUGAUAAAUACGGAGGAGACCGUAGCGAACCUGUACCAUCCGUUUUGAUAGGUCCAGGUGGUAACAGACCUGGUCUAAGGCCCGGUAUAUAUGGUCAAGUUUCCAACAAAAAUGAAUUUAUUGAUCGACAAGAAUUUGUAGGAAACGGUUUUACAAAUGAACCUUUAUUUAACAAAAAACCUAACGAGUACGGAAAUAAUCCAUUCAUUAUUCCGAGGCAAUUAUAAGUAUAAGUAUAAUAUAUAUUUUAUAACCAAUGUAAUUACUAUUAUUGUUGUUAUUUUAUAU